AUGAAUCCACCGGAGGAGGUGCAGCAGCAACAAAGACGGAAACGGUUUGUUUCUGUUUUGCUGCAUGCCCCUAUUCAUCAGGCCACCUUUUUUUCCCUGACGCUGGUCGAGGAGUUGCUGCGGUAUGCCUGCAAGGCGGAUCAUGAAUUCGGUCUCCUAUCCAUUCCCUUGGCGCAGUCGCGCGAAAGUACGCGGGUGCUAUCACGAAUCGUGCAGGAGAAGCGGUACGAGGAGUACUGGCCAAAGGAGCACUCCGCGAUAAGCGACCCACGCGGAAGUACCCCAUCCGCCUCAUAUCUUCUUCGCAUUGGUGUUCUCCGUGCACUUGGGUUUCACACGCCGGGGCUGGACGACCUUGUGGACGACGCUUCCCUUGCCCUGGGAAGAGACAUAGUGGUGGCCCCGUCAUUAUCGGAGGACACUGCCUCUGCACCGCUCCGCUACCGGGAGGCGACGCAGGAGGAGCUACGGCAUGUGGCAUUGGGAGAGUGGUGCGAGGAUCUCAUUAAAUUCACGGCGUACCGUGGUUUCUCAGCGGAGCAGGCGCGGUGCGUCCUGCUCACCGCGAUGCAUCUCAUGAACGUCGUAGCAGACCUCCCACCGGACACCACCGAUGAAGGGGCGGAAAGGCGAUGUGCACAGGUGCUGGAGGAGCUGCUGGUUGAACAGGCCUGCGGGCUGCCGCGGAAAGUCGUAGAAACGCACAACUCGUGGAAGACAGUGAACUCGGAGGUACAAGACCCGCAGAUUGUGGCCGCCCUGGAGGUGCAAAUUGCGCAAGAGAAGAACAAAAAACGGAAGAGCAUGCUGCGAGAGCAGUUGAAGAAUGUCCCAACAAUUCCUUGUACACGGCAGGCGUUGCAGGAGGAGAGGUUGCUAACCGAGAUUGUGGUGGGCCCCUACUUUACCCUCCACGAAGUGGCACAGAUACUAGAGUAUUUUUCCUCCUCCGUGGUUCGGCAUUGGAGGCUGUUCCGCACUUUUUUGGCCGAACCGCAACCCGUCGAGGCACACGAGGAGGUGCAGGUUCAGUGGGAUGUGUGCAGUUUCUGUGUGCCGCCGCUCAUGGAAUUCUUGCAGGAUGAUAUGUAUGCCAUUGCGCAAGAACGACAGAGCCUUUUGGACGCGUGUGAAGAGGUCAUCAGGAGCUCCUUUGAGGAGGAAUUUAUGCAGCCUCUUCUUUUGCUCCAGCGGGAACGAGAUGAUCUAUUGGCGUGCUUGCGAGAAACGGAGCGCCAGGCUGAGGAGGACAACAUUAGAAACGCACUGGACGCCCCGGGUUACGCGCGGGUGGCCCGCAGCUUUGCUCUGCGCCUGAAUAAAUGCAUUGAACGGAACGAGGCAGUGGGAAAGAUCAAGGCCGAUGAGAAGCCGCCAGAGACCACACUGCUAACACCAACACACUCUUCACAGGUGGGGCCCGCAGCUUCCUCCUCGGUAGGCACAAAGCGGAGGUCCAUGCAACUGCGCAAAAACUCCGUUCGAGGCCGAGCAUCAGGUGGCCGUGUGGCAGCGACUCCAGUGCCAUCUUUGCAGCCCAUUCCGAACCCGGCGGAUGCGGUGUUUUCGUUGGAGGAGGUGGAGGCACGUCUAGAAAGACUAGAACAUGCGGCAGAAGAGGCGGUCGUCGCUUUCCGCGACAAGAGCAGAAAGAAGCGUUCCCAUUGA